CAUAGAGAGUAGAUUUUUAUACUCCCCCCACCCUACGUAGUUAAUUAUUGACCCCACGCGCGAAAAGUGAAACCAAAAUGGCGGACAGAAAAGCCAGAGAAGUUGUUAUUUCCACCACGUCCUCUGCAAAGCUGUUGCGAUGGCGAGUUUGCGCGGGCUCAGAGGUUAGAGAAGGAAGUGUUCUCUGCUUUUAUGAAAUUGUUGGCGAAGCGGAAAGAACUGGAUCGUUUAUAACUCAGCCGAAACUUAAAUCAGUUUUCACUGGCAAAGUCCGUGAGUUGCUCGUUUCUGAGGGAGACAUCGUUGCAGCCAGACUCAAUGAAGAACAAGAUGAACCUUCCUCUCCAACCCUGGCAUCUGUACCUCUCAUACACAACAUUCCCGAGCUCAAAGUGAGCCAGCAGGAAGCUGAGGCUUUGGGAAAAAAGGAUGAGGAGAGACUUCUUCAAACCCGCAGACUGUCCCUUGUUGUGGAUCUGGACCAGACUCUUAUUCACACAACUAUGGAACUGAUACCAGAAGACAUGGAGGAUGUCCAUCACUUCCAACUACCCGGUCACCCUGUGUGGUACCAUACCAAGAUUAGGCCAGGAGCCAUCAGCUUCCUGGAUCGAGUGUCUAAACUGUAUGAGCUUCACAUAUUUACCAUGGGCUCAAGGAUGUAUGCACACACCAUUGCCAGGAUGUUGGACCCUGCUGGAAAAUUGUUUGCCCACAGGAUUCGCUCAAGAGAUGAAUGCUUCAAUGCAUUUUCUAAAUCUCAUGAUCUGAGGUCUUUAUUUCCUUGUGGUGAUACCAUGGUUUGCAUUAUCGAUGAUCGCGAGGAUGUUUGGAAUUUCGCCUCGAACCUGGUUCAUGUCAAGCCGUACCAGUUCUUUAAGGGGGUGGGGGAUAUCAAUGCCCCAUCCGGUGGCUCUCCUUCUCCAAAGGAAGAGAAAACCUCCCCCGCAGAACCUGUCGAUGUACCUGAGAUGCAGGAGGGUGAUAUCAAACCCAAAGAGUUAAAUUCUCAGGAAUACAGCGAAGAUUUUAAAGAAGAACAAGAGAAAGAAAAUGUCAUCUCAGAGGAGACUGAAAGUAAAGCAGUUCGUGAAGAGAAGGCGGAUCUUCCGAAUGUAGAUAAAAAUACAGAAGCUUGCAAGAACAAUACUAAGCCCAUUGUUGAAAAGUGCAAAGAUAAUAAUAACAUGAAAACCGUUGUUGAAACAGUUGAACUGAAUGAGACUUCAUCCAAAGUGCUCGAGAAUGGAGGAAGUGAUGAUGCUAAAGAUGUAACCGACAAGAAAGAAUCGAUUGAAACGUUUGAACGAUUGAACGAAAAUAACAAAGACACUGAACAGAACAAUAAUGGAAAGGCUGAAAGUAGUGAAGAACAAGAAACCUCAGAUUGCAGUGAUAACACAACAGAUGAAACAGCUCAGCAGAGAAGUGAAGGAGUGGAAACGAAGAUCAGGAAAUCACAGCAACAAACCUACGAGUUUGGCGAUGGUGACGAUGAUUAUCUUCUCCAUCUUGAGGACAUUUUAAGGCGCAUACACGCAGUGUUUUACGAAACGAUGGACGUCAUUAGAUCAAAGACUCCUGAGGAAGCCAAAAACAUUCCGAGCACCGUCAAAUACUGUUCCCCUGGAACAACAACACCCGACGCGAAGGUGAUAGUCACCGAACUACGUCGUGACGUAUUGCGCGGUGCAAACGUAGUUUUUACUGGCGUUAUACCCACUUCUGCGAAGCAGGAAGAUAGUCAACCGUGGCGCAUCGCUCGCGGCCUGGGCGCUAAAGUCAGCAACGGGAUUGUUACACCCAAAGACACGAAAUGCAACAGUGACGUCACCACUCACGUGAUUGCAGGCAGGCUAGGCACGGAGAAAUCGUACCGGGCGGUAAAAUCUCGGGGAAUUAAACUCGUCAAUCCCGGGUGGCUAUUCUGUUGUCAUGAACGCUGGGAGUGGGUGGACGAGCGUUUGUUUCCUGUAGAAGGGUUAGAGAAGUACAGGCAGCAGAUUCGGGAUCAAGGUACACCUCGCGGGACUCCUCGCGGGACACCUGGCCUAAGUUUAGAGCCAACUGCAGUGGAAAACACUUUGGACGUGGAUGUUGUCGACAAAGAAGGCGUGAUAACUAAAUCCAGGUCUGAUUCGGCGAGUAGUGCUGAUAUUCUUCUGUCUACCUUAAACCCUUUAUUAUCAUUUUCACCGUCCGAAGUGGAGGCUAUGGACAAGGAGGUCGAGGACCUCAUGAAUGCUAGCGACGAAGAGAGCGAUUUAAUAGGAAGUGUGUCGGACUCGAGUAGUUCAUCGGACUCUGGAUCAACUAGUAAACGAAAGCGAGAGGAAGAACGAGACUCUCAGGAAGAUGAGAACAAUGAUUGGCUAAACAAGAAAAGAAAGAUCGACGACGACGAAAAAGGCGAGGAAAAAGAAGAAGAAGAAGAGGAGGAGGAACAAGAUUCGAGCAGCUCAGACUCUGACGACUAUACUCACCGUUCCACACCUAGUGAUGACGAUGACGAUAUGGCGGCCAUGUUGGAUGCAGAGUUGUCUCAUUCAUGAGUCAGUGACGUUUUCGUUGUGUUAUAAAGUGUUAUUGUCCCGGUAAAAUCAAUACACUGCCAAGCAAAGAGGUUACGAGAAUUCAGGAAAUGGUCAUAAGUGGAUUAUGGUGUGGAAAUUGGGACCAAAUGUUUUCAGCUCGCAGUGUUAUCGCUGUGUAAUUUCUCCCCGUAAUAUCGUGAAACCCAGCAAAGAUGUUAGGAGAAUUUAGGGCAUGGUCACCAAUGAGAAAUUAUGUCGGAAUCUGAAGUGAGCGCUAUACGUGACAAGAGCUCUGAAGAAGGUUUACGGAAGGGGUGAAAUGUUGCACGUAUGGUAAAAUACUCUAAGCUUUCAGCUCUAAUUGCUAUCACUGCGUAGUUUCUCCCCGUAAUAUCGUGAAACUCAGCAAAGAGGUUAUGAGAAUUUAGGACAUGAUCAUCAAGGAGAAAUAAUGUCGGAAUCUGAAGUAAGCACUUUACGUAACAAGAGCUCUAAAGAAGGUUCACAGAAGGGGUGAAAGGCUGCACGCAUGGUAAGGUGUUGUGUGCCACUAAGCACGAAGGCAAAUGAAUCAUGCUGGCGUACUUGAAAAGGGCGUGGUCUUGCUAUUUUUGCUAAUUCCUGUCUAUGCUGCGAUCCUGAAAAUAACAAUGAAAUAUAAAUUUACUGAAGAAAUGUCACCCCGCUUUUAACAAACAAAUCAAUGAGCAUUGUCAUUGGCAGAUUAAGGUUGCAGAAAAUAGUUUUAAAGUAGAUGGGCAAAAAUUACUAUAAAAUCGCGUGACCUAGCACCUAACCCUUUUUGAGUGGCUGACAUUGCCAGCUCAGAGAAACUACAUGCACCUUGUCAAUUCAGUGCUCAUUGAUUACUAGACACAGAAGAAAUUAAACGGUCCAUUGCAUUCAUCCAUUCUACGUGCAACGACGCAUUCGUCACCUCCGCAUGCCAAAUGAAAUGUUCUCAUUUCUUACUGUUCCUUGCACAAACUUACGGGAAAGUAGAGAUACCAAACACUUUGUAGCUUCCUUCAAGAUCCACAAACCAAAACCCCUUGUAGGUUUUACCGAGAUGUCUUGCGUGACAUUUGAAAUGGCGUGACAACGUGUGCUCAUACACAAUCCUAUUAAAAAAAAAUGUUUAUUUAAAUCCUGCUAAGGUUAAUGUAUAAUCGUUUGUGCAAACAAAUAGUGAAAUACCCUGAUCGUGCAUGUCUGUUAACAGAUAACUACAAAGAGAUUUUAAAAGUUGUUUUGUCUUUGCUCAUUGUAAGGGCGCUGUCAUUACAAGCCAAGAACUUCAGAUUUCGCAUCACUUAUGCUAAGGUCACGCACGUUUGCAGCUGGUCUGUAGUUAGAUAUAGCCACUUGUCAUUAACUUCGUUAAUUUUAUGAAUAAAACUUCACUCUAAUAUGUUGUUAUGUGGGCGCUGAUUUUCUUGUGCCUGACAAACGUCUAUCUCUUGGUAUUUCGAUACAGAUUUUUAACUCGCAGCUUUUAUCGUUCGCUUUGAAACGACAUGUAAACAAACAUAUUUUGGACGAAGCAUUCUUAACCGUAAAAGGCAAAAAGCAACUUCGG